AUGGUUUCAGACUUUUUCCAUCCAAACGUAGGUGGUGUUGAGAACCAUACAUACAUGCUUAGCAUCAGCCUCAUACGCCGAGGUCAUAAGGUCAUAGUUAUCACCCACAGUCACCCCCCAGACCGCGUCGGAAUUCGCUGGAUACUACCCUCCCUAAAAAUUUACUAUAUCCCGUUCCCCACCAUCGCCUCUUCGGCCACUUUACCGAACUACUUUACCUUCCUUCCGUAUCUACGCACGAUCCUGCUGAGAGAACACAUCUGCCUCAUACAUGCCCACGCGAGCCUUUCUUCUCUUGGACAGGAGGCUAUAUUGCAUGCACACCUAAUGGGAGUGCGGACAGUGUUCACAGACCAUAGCCUGUUUGGCUUUGCGGACGCUGCAAGUAUACUCACUAACAAAUUAGUGGCUGCGGCAUUGAAAAAUGUUGAUGCUGUUAUAUGCGUAUCCCACACGGGCCGAGAAAACACGGUUUUACGCGGCCAGCUUUUCGAGAAAUCUGAAUACGACCCGUCAGCACUCUCAGUCAGACAAAAUGUCUACGUCAUACCCAACGCUCUCGUAGCAGAUCAAUUCAAACCUGCCACAGAACCACUGCCUUUGGACACAAUCAAUAUUGUGGUAUUGUCUCGACUUGCAUACAGGAAAGGUAUCGAUCUGCUAGUAGCCGUUGCACCGAGAAUUUGUGCUGCUUUCCCAAACGUUAACUUUAUAGUAGGUGGAGAUGGGCCCAAGUUGAUUGAUCUACUACAAAUGAGGGAGCGACAUCUCUUGCAAGACCGCAUCGAGUUACUUGGUCCUGUGCGGCACAGCGACGUACGAGAUGUCCUCGUUCGUGGGUCUAUAUUCCUAAACACCUCUUUGACGGAAUCUUUCGGAAUUGCCAUACUCGAGGCCGCCUGUGCAGGUCUAUAUGUCGUGGCCACGCGCGUCGGAGGUGUCCCCGAAAUCCUACCUGAAGACAUGAUCUCGCUGGCUAAUCCCGACGAAGAUGAUGUUUUCUUUGCCCUGACAAGGGCGAUCGAAAUUGUCGCGAUGGGCAAGCAUAGCCCCAUGGAGGCUCAUGAACGUGUAAAGAAUUUUUAUAACUGGAAUGACAUCGCAGAACGGACAGAAAAGGUCUACGAGUCUGUGUUUGCCACCGAACAAAUCGAUCUAUGGAGUAGAAUGCAACGGACUAUGGAGUUGGGACCUUUUGCUGGUCCUAUUUACACCAUUAUUCUGGUGGUUGAUUGUCUAUUUUUUGUGUUCCUUGAAUGGUGGUUGCCUAGGGAUGAUUUGGAUUUUGUUAUGCAGCAAUGGGACCUUUCUAUCACUGGAGUGCGGUAACCGCCUCUUCUCAGAUAGAACAAGUCAUCGGUGUAGUAGGCUAUACAAAGAGCACAUAAAAUGUACUGUAAUUUUAUUUCGGAAACAUAAUACGAUAUCAAAGUGGAUGAACAUAAUACGCUUCAUCAGUUGUGACGAUUGCAAUUAGGAGAGCCAAAUGACAAGAUUGCGAUGAUUUAAGUAACCCUUUUCCCUCUCCUUCCUUUCGUACUCCGUCUCCUACUUCUUUUCAAAGCGCCUUCAUCACCUUCUUCAUCAACUUCCAUAGUGGUCUCAUCCGCCAGCAUCUCAUCCCUAUCUCUCUUGAUUGGUAGCUGUACACGCUCUCUGAGCGAUGGAGACUGUGUCGCUGUUGUACCUGUAGCAGCGUUGGCAGUGUCGAGGGAUAGGCGAUCCAAAAGAGAGCCUCCGCGACGGGGAGCUGAGCGAUCGUAGCUAGACUUCGGUGACCUUCCUCCGGAAUCACCAAAGUAUUCACUACUCCGUUCACUUGGUCGCGGCACCUCAUCAACAAAAUGAUCAGAGCGAAUGUUGUCAGCUGUUAAUUCAGUCCGACGGGAUCGCAUUCUUGCACCAAGAGUGCGCGCAGGUUCAUCAUCUGGGCGAGGCAGCAAGGGGGCUACCAUAGCUGGGACCGCACGCUCUCCAUGCAUUUUUGCGGCAGUGGAUGCAAGGAAAGGCUCUCGUUCUGAUUGCUGGUUUAUGCCACCUCGGUCAUCAUUAACCACAUAAUGGUCCCCCUUCGCAUCUUGGAAACUCGCUCGAGUAGAGUCUGCGGUGUUGCUAUUAAAUUUAUGAGCCACAGGCAUGCCACGAGGGCCACGAGAUCCUUGCAUCUCAUGAUGGUCGCUUAGGCGUCCUUCCAAAGUGAGGGAAUUACGACGAGCAAUUGGACGAGUGGAGACCUGGUCUCGAUCGUGCUCCGGGUAGUUGCUCUUGUGACGCAAACUGUAACUUUCACGGGAAGUCGGAUAAGUUGUAUUAUCAAAAGGAACACGCUGACGGGGACUUUCUGGGUGACGACCAGCGGAGCGCGCUCGUUCUGUAGAGUACGGCGGUUCCUCCCAAAGGGAGACCAUAGAAGAGUCUCUGGAUAAAGGCGGAGGAGAUCCAUGAGAGUCGUCACGAUAUUGACUGGUCGGAUGGUGAGCAUCCGGGGACUGCCUUCUAGGUACCCAUGGG